AUGAAAACAAAUCAUUUUCAUUUUUAUGAUGAAAUUGAUGCUGAAAGUAUUAGUUCCAAAGAAGAUAUAGAGUUUUUGAUAGGCAAAUACAAUAUUAAAAAGUACGACGAUGACGAUGGCACGGGAUCAAGAGAAGAUUUGGCGCACCUAACAAACCAUUAUCAAGCCAACAACAAAAACGGUAAAAGUUUAGGCUACAAAAAUGAUUUACGACGAAAAAUAAAUUAUGUAAAUAACGAAAGUGAGGAAAGUUAUUUUGUGCGUCAGGGAGAUAUAAAAACUCAAGGCGAUAACAACAAAAGUAAUAAUAACAAUGGAGGUAAUAAAAAAAGUGUCCAAAGUACGUGCAUCCACAAUGAAAGAGAACACAAAAGAUCUGCAAAUAAUGAGGACCCUUACUAUCGCCCGUGCAGAUUUCUCAACAAUAAUAAAUUCAAAUUUGUCAAAAAACGCGCACCUCAUGAAUUAAAUAUCUCACAAAACAAUAUUUCGAGCACUAAAAUAAAAUACGACAAAAAGGAUGAUGCCUUAGUCAAUUAUUGCGGAAUCCGGAGUGCAGAAAACUGUAGAUCCGGGGUGGGACCAGAAUUCGAAAUUGGAAAAGUUAACGACGGCAAAAUUAUGAGAAAAAAUUUUAAACAUUGCGACGAUUUUUGUGAUAGAAGGAUAAUCACGCCUAAUGAAAAUGAAAGUAACAAGAAUGCAUGUGACGAUAUUCAACACUGUAGUCCUCAUGUAGAACACCUCGUAAAUGUUCCACAAAGUAAUACUGGACAUGAAGAUCUAGAACAGUUUGCUGCUAAUAUAAGUAACAGCAAAUUGGAGUUGGAAUUUGAAAGCGAAAAAAAUAACAAACAUGAUGUUAGCAGUGCUGAAAAUAAAAAAAAUAAUGAUGGAGAAAAAAGAAUAAAAAUGAAAGAUUUAAAACGAGUUGAUGAUUUUAUCAACACAAAUGGAGAUGUGGAAGAAAAAGGAAUAAAAAGAGCGGAUGACGUCAUCAAUGAAAGCAACCCAAACUCUUCUGGUCGUAAAAAAUAUAGACCUAAAAACGCUGCAUGUCUUAUUGAGGACAACAGCAAUAAUCAUAACCAUCCACUGCACACAAUGAACCACAAUGUCCCACAAGACGCUUCGCGCGGUGAAACAAAAGUCAGUGGAAAGGAUAAAAGUCUCGUCGAUUACUCGAGAGAAUGUAUUAUGAAAAAUUGCAACAACCAAACAGAUUCGAAAAUUGACAACAAAAUAACUGAACAUGGAAUUUGCAAAAUGGAAAUAACCGGUGGAAAGAUCAGAUAUAGCAAAGAAACACAAGCCAACACUUUUCGCAAAAAAAGAAAAAGAAACAAUAAUCACCGAGACGACAGAAACAAUCACAACCCCCGAAACGUCAAUUUCAAUAAAUCUCACUCUCAUCAUCUUCAUUCUCAAAAUCCAGCAUCUUCUUCAGAAGAGAGUUCCUCGUGCAAGGAACAAGAAAACUGCAGAGACAACAUCUCAAGUGGAAAUUCUCAAAACGCAGAUACCAACAACAGCAGCAGCAGCAGCGUCGUGGAAACUGAAUUGAACGAGCCUCAUGAUGACAGAGAUGAUUACUCGUUUACAGAUUUUGAAACUAAAAAAGGUUUGUCAAAAAGACUACAAAAGCCCAACGUAAAAAACGUUAAUCACAGUAAUCACCCAUUGCACAAAGCUGAAGUUUCAGUUAGCAAUCGAGCUGCGACAUUUGAAUUAGCCGUUCAAACUCAAUCUUCAUCUGCGAAUUAUCCAGCUCGCUACAGAAAAACUUCAAUAUCCGCAUCACCUUCUGUGGUUAACGUCGUGAACCACAUGAACCGGUCACACAGCGGUGUAGAGGUCUCAAAAAACUACAACAAUUGUAAAACGGCUAAAAAUAAUUUUAAUGGAAAACCAAAUCUUUUUAAAAAAAUGUUUUCCCAUAAAACAAUGAUAUUUACAAUAUUUAUUUUCAUUAUUAUUUUUUAUUGCUUCUAUGUUGAUUUGUGUCCAAUAGAUGAUGUGCCGCCAAAAUAUUGGUGGCAGUCUUCUGAUUGA